AUGAAGGCCGGCACAAGCACGUCCCCCACCCCGUCGUCGACUGACCCUAGUAAGAGGGGUCGGAAACGGAAAGCUGAUCAGGGUGAGUUGCUUCGUAUCUACUUGUGACCCGGGUAAAGGUUGAUGUGUGUAGCCGUAGGCUCUGGACAGCGGCACGAACUCGGCGACAGAGGGCUGACAAAUGCACUUCUCCCACCCACCCACCCACCCUCCUCCCAUUCAUGCGCUCACCGUUCUCCUGUGCCCGCGCUCGUGCCCGCUGCCUGCUGCCCGCUUAUGGCCGGCCGCGCUCCGCCCACGCUCCCCGGAUGAUUUUUCCCCUCUCUCACUCACUCGCUUGCCUACAUCGAAUCAUCCCUGCCUUUCAUUCUUCAACUCAGACAUCGAGGGCGAUGAAGAGACGGCCAAACGCAAGUUGCAGAACCGCGCCGCGCAGAGAUCGUUCCGCGAGCGCAAGGAGCGACAUAUGCAAGAAAUGGAGGUCGAGGUCCAAAGACAGGCGACGCAGCUAGCUCGCCAGACUCAGCUGAUCGAUAUGUGAGUACUCCGAAGAUGAGGGUUCAAAGGUUUCAACUGAGCUGAGAUCUGCUAUUUCUGUCGGUCCUCUCAGGUUGAUUGCCGAAAACAAGGCGCUUCGACUGGGGCAACCGGUGCCCGAGACCGCGAUGGAGCAAUUGGAUACUGGGACUGCUGCGCCUUCGGCCAGUUCUCCGACUUUGAGCCCUCACGAUUCGCAGUCCAGCAAAUCUGCGAAGGCUCAACAACAACCUUCUGUCGAGGAUCUUCGUCUUCCUCACGUUGCCGAGGACGUCAAGCCCCAGCUGGUGCUUCAACCUCCCCCACCUUCGGCGCUGCCUCCGACGAUGAACUAUGCGACGUCGACCCCACCGACGGCGCUACCGUCUGCCCCGUACACGCUACCUGUGCGACCCCAACCCCAGUCGGGCAACAGCUUGGAAGACCUCGCCUCGUACGCCAUGGCCUCGAUCGAUCCCGAACUGGCCGCGCUUCCAACUUCCUCCGCUCCACGACCGGCGAUGCCGAUCACCCCCGGUGGAAUGGUCGUCUCGCUCGAAAAGUCGAUCGACGUCGCCUUCGAUUUCGAGACUCCGUUCGAAUACGAGACCUUACCGAUGCCGGAUUUGUACCAAUCCUUCUUCGACUCGGCGUUCUUCCCGCUCGCUCCUGAAACGGUCGCCAAUACGGAGACGUCGUCAACGGUCCCAGACCUCGAUCGGGAUUCGACCGCCGACCUCGACGAUCCCGAAUGCGAUCGUGGAACGCCACCCCCUCUCCCCAACGGUCAAUUACCCUGCAAAAAACCCGAAUGCGAUUUCAGUCAAAUGUCCUGUGCGCUCCCCACGCCGUGGAGACCCGCUUCGCUCUCGAACCAAGUCGACGCGAAGGACGUAUGGGUUUGUCAAACCGCUUGGGCGAAGCUUUGUUCACACCCUUUGUUCGAGGAAUGCGAUGUCGAUGCGCUGUGUCACGAAUUGAGGUCGAGGACCAAGUGCUCGAACGAGGGUCAGUUGGUCAUUCAGAAGGAGGACGUGUGUCAGGUUUUCAGGUCGAUUCCGGCGAGGGCCAAGAUGAGGAGGAGGGAGUUGGCCGCUUUGAAGGGAGAGGGAGCCGGAGAGCGGGUGAAGGCUUGA